CGCUGAGGGGAGCUGAGGGGAGGCAGCUGUGGCCGGGGCAGGUGACUGAAGGGGGGCACCUGGGCAUGGCCCAGCAGCCCUCAGUGAGUUGUGGAAGGGUCAGCAGCAGCCAUAGGAGGAAAGCAACAAGUUUCUUCAAUUUUUAUCUGUUUUCCAUCACACAAAGCGGCUAAUAGGCUGUGGAGACUACGAACCAGGUUUCUCCAUUGGUUUAGGAAAGAUAUGCAGACAAUGUCAUUGUCUUUGACAGCUGAAGGCCUGCAGUGUGGAGGAUGACAGUGGUCAGUGACUGCAGCUCACCUGGAGAAUGUCGGCAAUUACAGAAUUGUCAUGGAAAAGAAGUUGUUGUCUUCUGUGCUGGAUCACAUGAAGAAAACUCUUCUUCACCAAAUCCAUCUCAGAAGCUCUCCCUGAUAAGAAAUAGCAUGGUGUCAUUGCAUCAGCCUUCUAAACCAGAAAUCUCUUGUAUCAUCGGCUCAAGCUGCUCAUGGGUGACGUCAACAGACAGUUUUGGAAAACCAGACUGGGUGUUAUCUUCGGUUGGUGUCCUGGUGUCUCAGGACAGGCAGCAGCUGCUUCUGGAAAACAGUUCCUCCCGUGGAGAUGUUGAAGGGGACAUUUUCCUCCUGAACACCAGUAGGCUACCAGAUAGAUGUGAGUUCAGCCUACAUAGCCCCAUCCUGCCUGGGAGCGUGGACUCUUGCUUGCUGGAACUGGCCAUAUAUUCACAGGAUGCUGUUCCUCUCCUCCAGAGGUUCACAGCUGAAAUCAGAUAUGUGGACACAAACAGAAAUAUAAUAAUUUCUCUGAGAGUUGGCCAUGAGGAGGAUGCCGGGAUGAAAUGGAAAUCCGUGAUGGCCCAGGUUGGCCGUAUAGAAAGACCUUUUAAAAUCACCUUGCUGUAUUCAAACUGUGGAGCACAAGAGGGUGGACUGCUGGCAGUGGGCUCCUUGCAACUCAGAAACUGCUUUCAUGAUAAAGAAAACCAAGAUCUUUCUAUAUAUGACAAAGGUUCAGCUUUCCCUUGCCUUCAUGGAGGCUGUGUUAGCCAUCUACAAAUCUGUGAAUUCAUCAGUGAUUGCCCUGCCAAAGAAGUGGAAGGAGUGAGGUGUGAUAGUCUCCCAGAGGGCUCACAUUGCUCUUUUGAAGAGGGUCCAUGUGGCUGGACACUGAAUGAAACUGCAGCAUCUCCUUGGUCUAUUAGGGGCUUUACUGAAAUGAUUCAAGGUCAUUCAUUUAUAGGGUCUACCUUGCAAACCACUGAAGGACACUUCCUCCAUCUGCGAGCAGAGAGCAAUCACACAAGUGGUAUGGCCAAGGCUUACAGUACCAGUUUACCAGCAAGUAUUGCUACUGAAGAUUACCAGAUCCAGUUCUCAGUGCAUGUUUUUGGCAGCUACAAUGGUACCAUCUCCUUCUCUGUCAGGGAAGAGAUAAAAGGAGCUCCAAUAAUCAUGCCAAUGUGGGAAAGAGCAGGGAGCUGGAGUGAUCACUGGUUUCUCGUCACUUUACCAAUGCCAGUGCUUCAAAACCGGUUUAAGCUGCAACUGCUGGCAACCUGGGGCUGGAAUUCCCAAGCUGACAUAGCUAUUGACAAUAUUACAUUUGGACUGGACUGCUUCAAUGACGGAAGACAAACAAAUCAUUUCAGUGGGAAGCGACAGUACCCACGGGAGAUUAGUAUCCCUGAUGAGCAUCUUCUGAACCCCCUGGAAGAGCCUUCCCUCCCAGGGGACACAUCUGUUGUUCUCUGGUGGUUCACAACAUGUGGUGCUAGUGGUCCACACGGGCCAACUCAAGCUCAGUGUGACAAUGCCUAUAAGAACAGCAAUGUGUCAGUGACGGUGGAGAAAGAGGGCAGGCUUCGAGGAGUGCAAGUCUGGAGAGUGCCAGCCACAAACCGAUACAGGAUUUCUGCCUAUGGAGCAGCUGGAGGGAAGGGAGCCAAAAACCACAAUAAGAGGUCCCACGGGGUCUUCAUCUCAGCCACCUUCCAGCUGGAGAAAGAUGAGCUGUUGUACAUCUUAGUGGGGCAGCAGGGGGAAGAUGCCUGUCCUGGGGCCAAUCCUCAAACCCAGAAGAUCUGCUUAGGGGAGUCAUCUCUCAUUGAAGAAUAUUAUAAAAAAAGAAAAGACCUGAAGGACUGGGCUGGAGGAGGGGGUGGUGGAGGAGGGGCAACCUAUGUCUUUAGACAGAAGGACGGGAUUUUCGAACCUUUGCUCAUCGCAGCAGGAGGAGGAGGAAAAGCCUACCUGAAGGCUCAGGACAACUCUCUGGAUGAUGUACCACUGGAGCAAUUUGAGAACAGCACUGCAGUACCUGGAGUCAGUGGGAGGACUGGGGCAGCAGGUGGAGGUGGUGGCUGGCAAGAUGUGACUCUGCUUCCUCAAGCUGGAAAGUCCCUUCUGGAAGGUGGAGAAGGGGGGCAAGCUUGUCCCCAAGCACUAGCCAAACUCCAGUGGGCCACCUCUGGUGGUUUUGGUGGGGGAGGAGGAGCUUGUACUUCUGGUGGAGGAGGUGGAGGCUACAGAGGGGGGCAUGCCUCUGACAACGAUGAUAUGCUGGCUGGUGGGCAGGAUGGCAUCUCUUUUGUGAACCCCAUUGGAGAGAUCUUCUUGCAUCCCCUGGCAGCCAUGGAGAGUCAUGGUGAGGUGGAGGUUCAGAUCUAUCUUAACUGUAGCCACUGCCACUCAGACAACUGUAAGAGGGACCCUGACACCAACCUGCCAGUCUGUCAAUGUGAGAUAGGGGCUGUGCUAGCCAACGACAAUGUCACAUGCACUGUGCCACAGACUCGCAUCCCAGAGGGACACCUGCCUCUCCCACUCCUCCUAGCUGUGGUGGCUGUGAUCGUAGUGCUCGGAAUGAUCCUCACUUGUGGCAGCCUCUCUAUCAUUUAUCACCUUAAGAAACAGCAGCUGGAAGGAGCCAGAGCACGACUGCAGAGCCCGGAGUACAAACUGAGCAAAAUCCGCACAUCGGCCAUCAUGACAGAUUACAACCCUAACUACUGCUUCGCAGGGAAGGCUGCUACUCUGAGUGAGCUGAAGGAGAUCCCACGGAAGAACAUCUCUCUGCUUCGGGCACUAGGACAUGGUGCAUUUGGUGAGGUUUAUGAGGGAACAGUGGUAGGCAUUGCAGGAGAUCCCAAUCCUCUUCAAGUGGCUAUCAAGACACUUCCAGAAGUCUGCUCUGAGCAAGAUGAGAUGGAUUUUCUGAUGGAAGCACUGAUUAUCAGCAAGUUCAAUCACCAAAAUAUUGUGCAGUGCAUUGGUGUUAGCCUACAGACGCUGCCUCGCUUCAUUCUGCUUGAGCUUAUGGCUGGAGGAGAUAUGAAGAGUUUUCUUCGGCAGAACCGACCCAGGGUGAAUCAACCAUCCACGCUAACAAUGCAGGACCUGCUGAACAUAGCUAGGGAUAUUGCCUGUGGCUGUAAAUAUCUGGAAGAGAAUCAUUUCAUCCACAGAGAUAUAGCUGCAAGGAAUUGCCUUUUGACCUGCACUGGAGCAGGACGAAUAGCCAAAAUUGGUGACUUUGGGAUGGCCAGGGAUAUUUACAGAGCAAGUUACUAUCGCAAAGGAGGAAGAGCUAUGCUUCCUGUCAAGUGGAUGCCACCAGAAGCUUUUCUAGAGGGUAUUUUCACCUCCAAGACUGAUACCUGGUCCUUUGGUGUGCUGCUCUGGGAGAUCUUCUCUCUGGGCUACAUGCCCUAUCCUUGCAAAACCAAUCAGGAAGUGCUGGAAUUUGUCACCAGUGGAGGAAGAAUGGACCCACCAAAGAACUGUCCAGGGCCAGUGUACCGGAUCAUGACACAGUGCUGGCAGCACAGCCCAGAGUACCGGCCAAACUUCUCCACCAUCCUGGAAAGAAUCAAGUAUUGCACACAGGACCCUGAUGUGAUCAACACCGAGCUGCCCGUGGAGUGCAGCCCAGCACCAGAGGAUGAAGGGAGCACAGUCAUGCGCCCAAACAUUUCCAGUGGGAUGGUGCCCCUGUUGGUGAGCCCUUCUCUCACACCUCAGACAACACCUAAAACGCUGGACUCCCACCAUGCUGGGCACAAACUUGUACAGUGUCCACAAGAACUACUGGUGGAGAACCUGAGCAACCGGACUGCUCGAGGACCCAGCCUGCCCUGCCUCAGCGAUUUCAACAGUGGGUCCUGGAUCCAGCAGACUUCAAACCAGAAGUUAGAACUCAGCAAUCCACCAACCCACAGACUGAAGAACAAAACAAAAAACCUUUGGAACCCAACCUAUGGAUCCUGGGUGCUAGAGAACAUCUGUCACUUGAGCCCCACCUCCAAGCUGAAAGCAACUCCAGAGCGAGAAGAUUCAGGCUUUGAUGGGAAUUGCAGCUCUUCUCCUAGUUCUCGGGCAUCUCCAGCAUCUCCAAGUCGAAGCAACUGCCCUCACUUGGAUAUUGGUGGGAUUGAACUGGUGAAACUCCAGACUUUCCCCUGUGGCAAUGUAAAUUAUGCCUAUGAUGAUCUGUGCUAUAGCACUGACCACCAGCCAUCAGUUUUGGCAGGGGUCAGAGCAGCUGUGCUAAGGAACUCCAGUCUGCAUACAGAUGAGAAGCCCUUGUAUAAAACAGAGAAAACAGCAAGAGAGAGGGACUCUGGUCUGUCUUUGUCAGAUGACCUGAGUGUUACACCAGUAUAACAGGAAAGAUUCUUCCAAAGAUCAGGGAAUGUGUGUGUCAGGAAGAGCAAACUUGAACUGCUUCCUAUUUUACUUACUUCCUCCAUUUAAGUUCCUUCAGAUGGGUGAUGUUUCAACAUCAGCAAUGAUCUGCUUCCUCCUUCUACCUGCCAGAUUCCCAAAUCAUUAAAGACAGUUGCAUUUCCAUCUCUGUCCAGCAGAUGUGUUCCACUGGACCAGCUUAGCUAUAGAGGACAACGGCAUUGCUGCUCUGAUUCAGAAUACAACACCUAAUGGAAGAAUUCCUCCUCAAUCUGCUCAGGUGAAAAGAAACAGACCUAUCAUCCAACCACAGUGUUUGGAUGAAACAAAUGACCAACAUAGAUUGCUCUUCUUUCUGACUUAUGAAACCAAAAAUGCAUGCUGUGCCAGCAGCAACCAACGUGCAAAGGCUUCUAUACUCCCUAGAGCUUUUUUGCCAUCCUGAUGACUUUCUAAUGAUGCUCAUGCAGCAACAGGGAUGUAAAUAAAUAGCAGCUACAUUUGCAUCUGUUUCAUUAGCAGACCAUGUGGAAAAACAUGAAGCUACUGCUCAAAUUGGAAGCAGCAGGAAGAAUGAAAAAAAAUAUCCAGGAUCCUCUGAGCAUGUGUUUUGAAAACAAGCGAUGAAGAGGAAAAUACAUUUACUAUAAAAAAAAUAGUUGGGAGUUGAUGGCAUCCAUUUGAAUAGUGAAGAAAAUAUGCUGUUUACCUCAUGGUGUUGAGUUCUUCACAGCUCCUGGUGUGGAAGGGACAGGUGGUUUUCCAAGAAAGGGUGAGCCACAUGGGAUGAUGAAAAAUGGACUGUCUUUAUCUUUAAUGGACUUUUCUUGGGAUGAACUUCAUUUUUUGUAAGUACUUCAAUAUACAGCAGUAAUUUCCUGUGCUAUGUUGAUAAGCAGCUGAAGUUCUAGGGUAACUGUGUAGUGUUUUUGCGGGCUGGAGUUGUUCUCGGUUUUAAUCCGUACACCUCUGAGGUAGGAACAGGGUAAUGCAAGGGGGGUGGGGGGGGGUAGAGUGAAGGGGAACCUGUUUAGUACAAGCACUACCUUACAGUGCCCCUUCCACAGCAAGGCAGAAUAGCUCAGCUACUUGAGAAAGCUAAAACCAUGCCUUGGCUUCACACACCUGAGCAGAUAGUCAUUUCUUCUAGCCUUUGACUUGCUGGUUAAGGUAGCUGUUGUUUGUUCUGAAGAGAGAUGAUUUCUAAUGCUUUCUUCUGCUGUUUAGGGUCUAAACUGAUGUUUACUGGUUAAUGCCUGCAAGACAAGGAGACUGAAAAAGUAAAUCAUUUUGUUUAAGCCAGAACAGUCUCAGAAGCAUUUUGUCCUCAUCCCACUCCUGAAGGUUUCACUGCCAACUUGCAAUGGCAAAUUACGUGCUGCCUUCACACAUAAUCAAGUUGUAUACCAAGAUGUCAGUUGUAGACUCUGUCUUGCUCUCUUCUGAGGGAAGAGGUGCCCCGGUACAGGUGUCGUGCGUGGUGAUAGCUGUAUGCACAGUCUGAAGAUGGGGGUUGGCAGGAGAGAGUUUGCUUUGACCACAGAUUUCAUGUGCUCUGCGUCAUUCGGGGAUGGUCGCUGUAGAUGUGUGGUACAGAACAGCACAGAGUGAAGUCUGAAUCCACCUCGUCAGUGAAGUGCACACCCUCAGCUCAGGUUCCAUGCUUUGUCUGGCUUUGUAUUUGCUCCUAGCUUCCUAUAGUCCUAUACAUACCUCUGGCUUUAGAAUGAGUAGUUUUAUAUACUUUCAUUUCCAGAUCUGACUGGUGAUGAUGGUACCCUUUUAACAAUGACUGUAUGGUAUGGAAAAAAAUCCCAAAUCCAUGUUGUGAAGUGACAGGUGGCCAGGGCAGCUACUCACCCUUUUGGCUCAUUGCCUGUCCUAUCAUAUGUCCAGAAGCUGCUACAGCCAGGCUAGAUGAGGCAGAGUUAGCAGGAAAUUUGCGUACUCAUUCUUUCCCCCUGCAGAGGCUAACAUUUUUGGUUAUAUCUCAGGAAGGCCACCUCUGCAACCUGCUUGUCAAGAAUAAAUAAACCUAAUUUUAGCUAGUUGGGUUAACACCACCUCAUCUUCAGCAACCUUACCUUUUGGAUUAUGUUAGCCCUGUGGUUUGUGCUGUAGUAGUUUUUCACCCAAGGGUGAGCUAUCAAACUCACCAACUGUUGUGAGUAGGCACCAGCAACUAGGACCCUUUCUCCCUGCAUAUGUGAUAAGGCUGCAGCAGAGUGUAGUGGUCCUAGCUCAACCGCAAUGGAUGUGACUUGAGAUCACUUUCCAGAACUUGUUUGUGGCAGGCUCUGUUCUGAGCGGAGCACUGGUGGCCAUGACCAUGCAUUUGCAGGUGAGUGGCAACUCUGCUUUCAAUUCUCCCUAGCAAUCACCACAGGGUGGAAAUUGGUGUUGAGGAGUGAAAUAUGGACUUGUUUAGAAGUCAUAGGAAGUUGAGAAUUGUACCACCUUUUCUUCCUGUAGACUUUUUAUAAGGUAGCAGGCAAGCAGGCAAUAGACAUUUCUUAGACGUUUAUGUGGAAAUGAUUAUAAAAUAACGCUAGGAUUCCAGCAAGAAGCAGGUGAGAUCCCUGCUCCACAUGGUUACGCACCUUGAGCUACCAUUGUUUUCCCCAUACGCAGCAUUUGCUUCAACUUAAUUCAUGAAUUUAGAAAGGCAAACAGUGAUAAAAUGAGGUAAGAUAUUGAAAAGUUAAGUGAGAAAAGAGUAAAGUUGGAACUAUAGUUUUUCUACUAUUCACCAAUGCCACAGGCAGAUUUGUGUCACUCUCUCCUAAUUUUACUCAUAAAAUGUGAGUUUGUCAGUCCAGCACUUUGGAUAACGUACAUGUUUUUACUGAAUAAAUAGUUGAGUCAAUGUACUUAAUUACAGGAAGAGCAGAGAAAAAGCUGUGCUGAGCCACAAUAAAACUCCAUCCAGCCCAGUAUGUCAUCUCUGAGACUGACCAACAGUGGGGGUGUUGAAAGGCAACCGUAAGAGUAUAAUGAGCAUGUACUGACUAUUUCCUAUAGUACUUUUCUGAUUUACAACAGCAUGCAGCUCAGGGAUUUACUGAGUCAGAUGCAGUGUUCUGCAACAAGACAGAACAUGGAUCUGCACAUACCAAAUGGGGCACUGAAAGAAAUAGCUGGGAAUUUUAGAAGAAACUACAUUAGCAACCGGCAUUUUUAUAUGCUCUUAACUCCCUCAAAUGGAAAUAAAGGUAAACAAACUUCUGUCAGUAUAGUUGCCAUGAAACUUUGACCCAUAACAGUUUUUCUGUAUCUGAUCUCUUAGCUACUUCAUAAAAACCAUCACGAUAAUGACUUUUUAAUGAAGAUAGUGAAGGAAAUAAUACUAAUAUUGGUCCUACAGUGAUGCUGAAAUGCAAUAUGCUGUCGAAGUCAUAUUAUUGAAAAAGUAAAAUAACAAUCUCAAUGUAUACUACAGCCUUCAAUUCCUACAAUUCUGAGACUGACCGUUCAUACGAUUACAGAUUUUAUAGUGCCCAAAUUCUACCAUUUCAAAAUACCAUUUGCUUCAAAUUGUUUUUUUAGGAGAUACACCUAGUGCAUAAUGAAUGAGUUGAAUCCAUAUCGUCAAAGUUAGUGUAGAUUACUUUUUCAAUUGAAAGCCAAAAAUGAUUUUUUUUCCUAGAGAAAUGACGUGAGCCGUUGACUGGGAUUAACUCAGUCCUGUACUCCAUAUGAGAAGUCUUCCAACAGUUCCCUGCUGGAGAAUCAGCCAUCUGUAGGAAUGUAAUAUUUUUUUCUUCCUGUUGGGUGUCUGUGUUUUAACAUAGUCUAUCUAACAACUUAUUUUUAGAUGUAUGUAUAGGUGUUUUUUUCUUUUGGAUUUUAGUACUUUAUUUUGCUUCAUACAGCCUCAUAUCUACUACCUUUUAAAGAGGACUCUAUAAGAAAAAAGAUGAAAUAAUAUUGCAAAUUUCAAUUUGCCUUUCUCUUUGCAUAUUUGUUGAUACUCUUGCUUCCCAUUUCUUUAUUUUUUCUCUCAUCUACUUCAAGUGUUUUGCAUCUUCAUUUUCCCUUUAAGCAGACAGAACUUUUAACUGUGCACAGAUUUAAGGUGUCCCACUUGUUCAUACCCUUUUCCUGAGGUAAGUUCUCUCCUAAUUUCCUAACGGGCAGUUGCGCACUAAGACAGCUUCAGAAGUAUAAUUAAAUAGUUACAGGCUUUUCCAAGUGUAACUUAUUCCACCUCCAAUACCCUUCCCCCUCCUUACCUGAAAUAGGAGAGAAUUGCUGGGAAUCCGGUCUUCCCCAAAGUAUUUGCAUCUCCUCAGCUGUGUCAGGCAAGGCUCACAUUUCCGCAGUCCCUUGAGCAGCAGAAUUAUGCCAGACCUGGCAGACAUGGGCUCGCUCACCCUGCUUCUGGCUGCCUACUGUUUCUAAUCUGAUGCAGGGACCUUAGGCAUGGUAUCACUAACAUGUCAGUCUCAUCACAUGACAUUUUCACUGAAAUGAACUGGUUUUGAUUUGUCAUUACCUCUGAACAAUGCCAUACUUGUUGCCAACUUACCUUUUUGGGUGACUACUGUACACAAGGAGAUGACGAGCCUGCUUCUACGCAACUUAAAGUUGGACAAAUGUACACUUUACAUUUGCAACACAAAAUAAAGAGACACUAGUGGUGACUACUUGUUUCCCUCUACAUUAAAUACACUUUGCACACAGGUAAGAGAACAUGGUCUUGUUGAGAAACGUUGCCGGUCCAGGAGGACUGACUCCAGGAGCAGGGCACUGCUUGCUCCCUGCUGCCACACAAGACCACCCUGUGAAAGCAAAUGCCCUGAGUGUACAAAGUGCCUUUUUCUGCAUUAUUUUUAAAUAUACUGGAGGAAUGGGAUUCUUGAGACAGAACUUACCUCUAUGGAAGCUGUCAAACGGUGUGUGGACUGGGCUCUGAAGCACGUGUUCCAAAUAGUAUUGGGAACCAAGUUCCAAUGUUAGCUUCUAAAGGUCUUAGAACCAGUUUUGUUUUAGGAAAUAUUGGCUGCUAAAGACUAGAAGCAGUCUUUGCCCUUUUUUCCUUCAGUCUCAUUUAUUUAUUAGCAUACACACUUCAGAGUAACAAACAGUCAAUACAGUCAAUGUCAAAAGUGACCAUGGUCAGCAUUGCAUUGUAGUGUUCAGAACAGAUGCACUGUGGAUGAUACAGGCCAUUUGAUCUCAGUACCAUAACAAAUAAUAACUACAGCAAUAAAAAAAAAAAAGCAAGAGCCCUCUGAGAUACUUAAUGGUUUGGUCCAACUCCCAUCGAAAUCUUUCCCUAUCAUAGGAAGUGGAUCAGAUGGUAAGUGAAUAUUCCACAUGUAUAAAAUAAAGAGGGAUUUAAUUUGCAUCACCUUGGUUAAAUUUAAUCCAAAUUUAUAUCUGGGGGGACCUUAACACCUAUCAUUUAAAAACUUAUCUGAUGUAUUUGUUUGUUUAUUUCUAUACUGCACCUUCCUCCAAAGAAUCUCACAGCAUCUUGCAAGCAAUAAUGAAAUACAGCCUCACACCAUUCCUGUGAGGUAAGUACAUACUAUUCCCAUCUGUAAAAUGGGAACAAAACUGAGGCCUAGGAUAGUUAUCCAAGGCCAAAAAGAAAGCCAUUGUCAAAGUUGGGGAAGAGAAGUCUUACUGCUAGAUUCACACAGGCAUGCAGCAGCUACGGUACUGAACGUUGCUGCAUCUAACUAGUGAGUUUAAUGACCUUGGUGCCUAACUCAGAGGUUAGCUGCUCAGCACCAAGGUGCCUCUGGACCAGCAUAUCUUACCAUGCUGUGGAAACGCAUGUGAUUUCAGUGUCUCCAGAGUGAGGCAAUAGCUCAGCAGAAGCAUUAAAGAACUGUGUUCUAGACUUGUAUGUGAGCAAGUGCCUUGGUUGUCAUGCAUCAGCUCUCGUACAGUAAAUGCCUGUGCAAAGGCAUCAUGUUGACCCUCCCAUAAAUACAACCUUGUUCAAGGCAACUUAACCCAUAGUGAAAGAAAGCUAUGCUGCUUCCUCACAGUAGCACGUGAGUGUACAUACACGGGCACUCUGGGACUUCUGAUGUGAAUCAAGGUAUCUAACUUACCCUGUGAUAAUUUGCUCAUGAGUGCCUAGCCUCCAGCCCCUGAGAGCUCCAGUCCUCAUUUGCAGUCCUACACUUGGCAUUUGCUAAUGGAAAGCUUCCUCCUUUUCACCUUUCCUGUAACAGCAGCAGAAUGUUAGAUUGUGGUUUCUUCCUUUCUAACCCUUUGACAAGCCAAAGGGCCAUUUCAAAACAAACUUGCUAAAACUAUUUAGCAUUUAGAAAGGGUUUCCAGAGCAGGGACUGCUAUAGCAGAGGUUUUCUAUUUUCCUGACCUCUCCAACUACUGCACAGCAAUAAAGCACUUCUCAUGUUUUCCCCUAAGACUAUAUACUGCAAACCACCCUUUGAGGUGCUAGCAGCAGUCAGUUUUUUUGGAGCUACUGGUACCACAUUGCUUCUACUUCUCUUUUAAAACUGGACAUUAAUUCUAAAAGUUUGUCUCAAAGUCCCAAAUAACAUUUGAGCAUCAACUAACUUUUACCUUCUACAUCCUCCCCCCACACCCCACCCCCAAAAAUACGUUGCACUGGUACAAAAGUUCCAUAUAUGUGAUAACAAAAAAAGAAAGAAUUCAACUCUGAAGAGUAAUUAGGCAGACCACUAAUGAAUUGUAUCACCUUAACAGUCUCAUGUCUAACUUCUCUAGUUUUUUUUUUUUUUCCUUCCCUCUCUGAAAUUGCAGUCUUAUAGACAAGUUCUCGUUAUUAAAGUCCUCUCCUGUAGGACCCAUUUACCUGCUUUUCCCUUUAAGCACUGCUAAUGGAUGGUUUGUUUACCUGUUGGCUGCAGGAAAGGAGGAAGAUUUUUUUUUUUAAAUUAAGUGUAUGAAAGUCAUCACAGAUUGAUUUGUCAUCUCGUAGCAAUUUCAAAGUUAGGAGGCAUCUGGAAUGCUAAUAUGCAUGCUUGCUAUAGAAGGCUCACCACAACUUUAAAAAAAUGCAUAAACUCUCUGAAACAGCUAAUAAAACCUGAAAAAGUGGAAAACUCAUUAGCAUACUACCAUGAAAAUAACUCGAGAAGGACUCUGGGAGACCACAGAAGAAACCUGUAUUUGCAGUGAACUGCAAAAAUUAUCUGUUUCAAACAAUUUCUGUUUAAGGAUGCAAUGUCUCCAUGCCUCACUAUUUCCUACAAUAUACCCACUUUAUGUCCUCUAACUUUCAGGCCACAAUCAAGAUUGAGUUUUAAUACUGCUGUUUUGUUUAGAGGUGAUGAAAAAGUUAUUAGAGCUGAUCUCUUGGUACAGUAGUGUAUUAUCUAAAGUAACUCUUUUUUUUAAGAAAUUCUUUUAGGCCCUUCAAUUUUAAUUACAAAUGUUAUAGCUGCAUUUCAUUCCAGAGCUGGACUGUACAGGUGUUU